AGGCAGGACUUCAAAUAAUUUCGCCGCUGGCGCCGGUCAAGUUGUCCAGUCAAACCUAUUUUUGCUCGGACACAACCCGCUUUUGGCCGGACAAGUGUCUUUCAUCUAGGAUUUAUCCGACUGCACUUAACAAUAAAAUAUAUGCGGACUGUUAUAAUAAUGGUUUACAACACAACACACCCUACUCCUGAGUUUGCGGUGACAACUUUAUAGAGGAUGAAGUAAAAACUCGCAACUCCUGGAAAAUGAAAAACCACUGUUACCACCCCCUGCGCAGGGCUUCUGAAAUUUCUCACGGUCGCAGAGCCACGAAAUUCAGGCAAAUCCACAGAAAUUAUUCACAAAAAUACACACAGUAGAAAUCUUACCAAAUACACGUCAGUUCAACAUAUUCGAGACUUAUCGCAGCUUAUGGGGCUGUUUUUUACCGUAAACUUGCAAAUUUAUUUUGAAACUUCGUCACCGCAACGAGAAAACGUCCCAAAACUACCAGGUGUUUUUAGAUUGUUAUUGCGAAAAACUGGGCACUGGCCAGUGCACGAUAUAAAAAGCUUUGUUGCUCAAAGAGCAAAUGAUGAUCUCUGAUAAAAAAAACCUGUGCAAGAGAAUACCAAGUCCAAAUGACAUCGCAAAGCAAAUGGGGGUUUUGAGCUCAAAAUCACCACUUUUAAAAGGGUAACAUUAAAUUUUUUAUAGGUAGUCAGUGUUUCUGUUGUUGUUGUUAUUGCACAGGCUAACGCUCAUCAUUUCCCCCCUCCCCAAAACUGGGCAAACUGCUGUCUUGUUUUAUUAAAAAUGUUUGUGAAAUCAGCGCAAAACCUAUCGCUUUCUAGUGAAGUUUGUCGCAAAAUUGGCUUUUUUUUAACGAUCAUUGUUCAGUGAAAUUUGACCUGAAUUUUUGCACGAAAUUUCCGUGACAUCGGCCAUUUUUUUCAGUGAAUUUGUCUCUGAAAAUCCCAUGAAAUUUGACUUUUUUGCCGCAACCUAUCAGAGGCCUUGUGUUAUGAAUGGUUUACAUAAUAAAAGUUUUUGAUCCGGCUGCCUUUUUUUGUCUCUCUCCCCCCACUUUUUUUCCUUCACAAACGUUAAUAUUGUCCAAUCUUGACCAAUCGUAUUUAAAAAAAGUGAAGGUCUGAAUUACAUUAGAACUGUAAAAGAGGGGACAAAAUGUCCGGCCAUUCAAGGAUUUGACCGGACAAAGCCUUUUUUUGACUGGACAUUAUUCAUUGACCGGCUGUUAUUUGAAGCCUUGGACAGGAAUUGGUAGUUGGUGUUAGAUGCUAUAACUUUCUGCACACCAGUAAAUUUUGCGAAAAGUUAGCCUCUGCGCGCAGGGUAAUCAAGGGGUCACAAAGCACAAGCACUUAUUAAAUAUACAUUUAAUAAGUGAAUUACUUCACACUCGUAGGUUUAAUGUCAGGGUUGACCAUGGGCCUGUUAUCGCUGGACAUACUAAGUUUGAAAGUUCUUCAAAGAGGAGGGAAGCCUUUGGAGAAGAGACAUGCAACCAAAAUAUUGCCACUGGUAGAAAAACACCACUUACUCCUGGUGACUCUAUUGUUGGCAAAUGCUGCAGCUGUGGAAUCCAUGCCAAUCUUCAUGGACAGGAUUUCUAG